AUGUCGCUGUCAAAAUUGAAGCAGCAGGAAAUGGAUACGUCCAGUGGCAACAUGAUGGAGUUGCGUCCAAUACCGAAUGUUGCACGAGCGAAGAUCGAUGCUGCCGCCCUCAAUGAGCGCCGCAAAAGCCGCAAAAAUGAAGAGCCAAAGGUGCACAUGAUUAGCCGCUGGAAGCCCAUUGAUGACCUGUCCCUGCUAACGGCCAUGGACAGGGUGAAUGACCUCAAGGUAGCGCAUCGUGUGUGCAAAUUCUCGUGCCUGUUCUCGCUGAAGGAGGUGCACCAGCGCUGGCAGGCGCUGCUCUUCUCGCCCAUGGACUCGGCGACGGCCAUGUCGGCCAUCGAGAAUCUGCACCCGGAGACGGCGGCCUCCGUUAGGGCCCGCACGAUACUCAGUCCCGCGGAGGAGCAACUCAUCAUGACCAUCAAGAGCACGGAAGACCCCACACUGGCGCAGUUUCAGGAGCUGAUCGAUCAGAAUGCGGCCAUCUUUUUGCGGGAACGCACGGCCCACCAUCUGCACCUUUACUGGCAGGAUCUGUGCAAGUAUAUGCUGCUGCCCGACCAGGUGAUCCCGGCAGCCGAGGUGGCGCCCUAUCUGCAGAGCUUCUCCGAGGCCGAGGCGCAGGCCUUUCACGUGAAUGUCAACGAGCCCAUCGACGAGGCCCUGGAGGCAGAGCUGGAGCUUCAGAAUCGUCGCAACAAGCGAUCCAUUCGAUUGCUGGAGAACGAAAUAUCCCGAAUGUCCGUGCUGGUGGACUCUGGCCGUGGUCCUCGGGAGCUGGACAACAACACGAUUGCCUGUCUGUGCGGCCAUCGGGUGCGCUUUCUGAUGCAGCAUCCGGAGAUCAACUUUGGGCGCGACGGCAAGGAGGGUUCCGACUGGCAGGUGGAUGUCAACCUGGCACUGGAGGGUCCGGCCGAGAAGGUGUCCCGUCUCCAGGGCACCAUUAAGCUGCGCAACGAUGGCCUCAUCUUCAUUGCCAAUGCGGGCAAGCGGGAAAUUUUUGUGCAGGGCAAACCCCUGCUGACGGGCCACAAGACACGACUCGAGGACAACAUGUUGGUGGAGAUUUGCGGCCUGACCUUUACGUUCAUCAUCAACCCCGAUGCCAUCAAUGCCGUUCGGACACAGUACGUCAAGGCAUCGGAACCAUUGAAGUAA